UAUCAAGAUUACUGAGCUUUGUAGAUUCGGAGGGCUCGUCUUGUUUACUACACCUCUUCAGAUGUGACUGUACAAACCACCGCUGUCUUAUCUCAACUGGUCAGACUGGUCGUCCUCCAGCUCUUUACCAGUUCAACAUCUUGCUAAUCCUUCGUCGCAAUGUUAUUCAUUCGGCAGCAUCAUGUGCUGAGGAAGAGAUGAUGCCAUCAUCCCCGUGGUGACCUCACAGAGAGAAACCGGGCCUGAUCAUGGGAGACAGAAGGAGGUCACCAUGUGCAGAAAUCUUUCCAACUAUGCCCUCAUCUUCCUCUUGGUAGCCCUCUCUGGCCUCAUCUUCCUGCUGCGGAACAUCCACACUGUAGAGAACUGGAACUGUCACACUGUCUCCGCCCUCUACCAGCUCCAGAGCAGGAUCCAGUCCUCCUUCAUCCCGGUGAACCUCCCCACCUUUCAUCACAACCGCACCUUCUGCGCCAACUUGGGCCAGAAACCGUCGCCCGAAGAUGAACUGGAAGAGCGCUACCUGCUGGGCUCUAUCGCCUGGCCCAGGCCUCCAGCUCGCUCUGCGCCGCCUGCCCUGCGACAGACGAGCGACCCCGUGCACAGCCUGUUCACCAUCCUCCCCACUAAGGAAGGGAGGGCGUGGCAUGUGGGAGACCAGCUGGAAGUCCUGGUCCAAAUGCACGACUUCCAGGGUCGGCCCAAGCACUACGGCGGGGAUUUCCUUUUGGUCAGGCUGCACACUCCGGAGCUGGGAGCAGGUGUAGCGGGUCAGGUGCUUGACCACAAGAAUGGAUUGUACUCCGCCUUGUUCCCGCUCCUCUGGUUGGGGUCUGCGCAGGUGGAGAUAACGAUGGUGCAUUCGAGCGAGGCCGUGGCCGUGCUGAGGCGGCUGAGAGAAGAGCGGCCUGAUCGGGUUUUUUUUAAGAGCCUGUUCCGUCUGGGCUUCCUGUCCGAAACGACUCUGUGCAACAUCUGUCUGCCUCCGGACCAGCAGCCCCUGUGCAACUACACAGACCUGUACACCGGGGAGCCCUGGUACUGCUACAAGCCCAAGAUGCUCAGCUGUGACACCAGAAUCAACCACGCCAAAGGAGGCUACCUGAAACACCUCAUCACCAACCGAGAGGCGCUGCUCUUCCAGAGUGGUGUAAACCUCAAAGUUGCCAUUCACGCUUCAGGAGCCGACAGGAUCAACGUGCUCCCUCGCAGGAAAGAUGAAGCGGGGGUUGAAAGCAGCAGUGUGAAACCAGAUCCUACUAAGUUUGCGCCGUCUGGAUUUUAUUACGCCGACUCCUGGCGGCCUUUAGGUGGCACGUUGGUGCGCCGGUUCAAUGACUCGUCUGCCAUCACUCAGUGUUUGAAGAACAAAGUGGUCAACAUGUACGGAGACUCGACAGCGAGGCAGUGGUUUGAGUACCUCACCGAAUUUGUUCCAGAAUUAAAGGAAUUCAACCUGCACAGUCCUAAAAAUGUGGGGCCCUUCAUGGCGGUCGAGAGCGCCAACAACAUCCUUCUAAAGUACCGCUGCCACGGCCCGCCCAUCCGCUUCUCCACCGUCACUGCCAGCGAGUUGCGGUACGUUUCCAACGAGCUGGACGGCCUGGCCGGGGGUCCCGACACCGUGGUGGUCCUCAGCGUCUGGUCCCACUUCAGCACGUUUCCCGUGGAGGUUUACAUCCGACGGCUGCGUCACAUCAGGCGGGCGGUGUUGCGACUUCUGGACCGAGCGCCGGGCACGGUCGUCGUCAUCCGCUCGGCUAACCUCCAGGCUCUGGAUCAGGAGGUGAGCCUGUACAACAGCGACUGGUUCUCCCUGCAGCUGGACGAGGUGCUCAGGGCCAUGUUCAGAGGACUCAAUGUUCAGCUGGUGGACGCCUGGCAGAUGAGCGCGGCGCACCACCUUCCUCACGCCCUCCAUCCACCUGAAGUCAUCGUCAAGAACAUGAUAGACAUGCUUCUGUCUUACAUUUGUCCUGAGGAAAAAAAGAGCCCACAGACAUAGAAGAUCAGUGACGACAGUGGACCCUCGUGUUUAAAGGAAACGCAGACAUUUCUUAGUUAAAGGCUUUCUAUGUGAUUUUUCACACUUAAAUGUAAUAUAAAUCAGAAAUCUGUCUGUGAUGUUUUCAGAGUUUUCAGAUUCCUAUCUUCACUUUGUUUACAUCGCCCGGACGGCCGGCUGACUCCUCCCCUCACGUAUAAAAGUUGUUUAAUUGAGGGACUAGAGAAAAGAAGAAUAACACACUGUACUCACUGCUUAACUGUGUUUCUAGAUCACGCUCAUUUCAGGUAAAUUUACAUGCAGUGUGAAGAUACGAGCAUAAUAAAGAUCACUAGCAUUAGCAUGCUAACACAACAAUGCACCGCAAGUUGUUUUCAUGCUGGUGCUCAAGGGCGACAUCUGCUGGAUCAAAAAAAAUCGCAUAUAAAGCCUUUAAAAUAAGUGAUCAGUUCUUCAUUUUUAGUAGAGGGUCGAAAAAUAAAACUCCAAAGCUACAAACCCUUUAAAUACCGUCUGUACUGAGAGGUGUGCUCAGACUUCUGGGACUGAUCUCUGUUUACCUGCAUUUUACUCUUUCAUUUCAAUCCAACAAAACAAGUGUUAUUCUGAAAACGCCAAAGAGUUUGGCAGACUGAUUGUUCCUGCCCAUGUGUUUCUGUUGCCAAAGUGUGGGAGUGUGCAUUAUCUUUAUCUUUAGUUGCCAAUAUUUGUUGUUGGUAUUCUUUUAAAGUCACAGUAUUAACUUCAUAUUUAUGGACAUUUUUUUUUUGUUUGCAAAAGCUGAAGACUCAGUGAGUUCUUGUUUCUGAAGCUGCUCUUUGUUUGUGCUCCUCUGAUCAGCACAUGAUCCCUCGUGCUGUCUGUACUGAUCUCUUUGUUACAUCAGGCUUUUUAAAAUGCAGCUUCUGUACAUUUUUUUUUUUUUAAACCUAUCCGUAUGUGAUUGCGAUACAAUCUUGGCUUCAAUUCUAUUUCAAGAGUUUAGAUGAAAUAUAAUGAAAAAAAAAAAGUUAAUUUAACAGAUAAGUAAUAAAUGGUUUGAAAAAAAAAGGUGCAUUUGUUAACGGCCUGUACCAUAUUUUUGUGUGCAUCUUUUACGCCCAUCCACAACCCCUAAAGCACACAAAGUGUUUUUGGAGAAUUAAGGUGUUUUAGUAUUUUUCAAUGGAAAAAGCAGGUGAUGACAUAAAAAAAAAACACUAGAUCUUAAAGGCUUUCUAUGUGAUUUUUCACACUUAACUAUAAUAUAAAUCAAGUAUAUCCUCUGAAAAUAACUCUGUGAGUCAUGACUGUCUACAAUGGGUGUAACACCCGAGUCCCACUGUCUGUGAUGUUUUCAGAGUUUUCAGAGUCCUAUCUUCAGUUUGUUUACAUCGCCCGGAUGGCCGGCUGACUCCUCCCCUCAGCGUAUAAAAGUUGUUUAAUUGAGGGACUAGAGAAAAGAAGAAUAACAUACUGUACUCACUGCUUAACUGUGUUUCUAGAUCACGCUCAUUUCAGGUUAAUUUACAUGCAGUGUGAAGAUACGUGCAUAAUAAAGAUCGCUAGCAUUAGCAUGCUAACACAACAAUGCAGCGCGAGUUGUUUUGGUUUCAUGCUGGUGCUCAAGGGCGACAUCUGCUGGAUCAAAAAAUCACAUAUAAAGCCUUUAAAUGAAUAAAUCUUUGGCAACUCAAGCAUUGAGGAGCAUUUUCAACUUUUUGAAUCUGAUAUCAUUUAAAGCUUCUGGCUGUUCGUUUAUUCUUUUCCUCCAGGUCCCUCCACGUUGUUCCUCUGCUGUCUUUACCUGUCGAUGUCUGUAACUAACAGAUCAGCCUUUCUGCUAAAUGUACACUAACAUCAUUAAUGCUUGUGUGUGUGUGUGUGUGUGUGUGUGCCGUCCAAGCAACUCACAUAUUCACAUUCCAAGGUUACAUCUAAAUUCUUGGUGCUUUUUUUAUAGCCAUUUAUUUAACAUUGAGCACCAACUGUUUAUUAUCCAAGUGUGAUGGUGGGAAGAUGGUAAAGUGGCUUUAAGUCUUCAGAUCUGUGUGAUACAAAGAGAACCUGUGCCUAUUUUUAUGUUGUAACUGUACGUCACUGACCGUGAUCAGAGGCUGACUAUAAAGAGACUUUGUCAUAACUUUUAAAAAGAAGCGUCGCUGUCAUGUUUGAGAGUAUUUUACUUUAAUCAAAAGUGUGCUUUUACUAUUCAAAUGAGUGGCUCGUGACUGUUUGGGAAGCUUUUCUGCAGAUACAUUAAAGCAGUGAAAAGA